AUGUCCUCGGUUUUUAUUUCUUCUGUUACAGUAGUCCUUUUCGGCGCUUUUGUCACGGCACAAUACUACAAUGCUGGGAAUAUGGCAGGGAUUGGUUGCGUGAUUACGGUAUGGAACUGCAGAAGAGUUUACAUAAUUUAGGGGGACAAAUUGUUUUCUCAUGGGAAUUAUAUCCGAGAUCUGAAGGCAGAAGAAGUCGAGGAGCUCCAGAAAUAUAAAACUGAUAUUGCAGCCUUCCAAAAGGUGAGUUAUACACAUUGAGUAACAUUGCGCAACAUAGGCGAUUGGAGAAGUUUAUGCCCAAGCUGAGGUGUAUAACGGAACAGCCGUGACUCUCCCAUCAUUACCACCAAGACCCACGAUCCCUGCCUUCUGCACUGGCAAUGAAACCACACUAUAUGUAUUAGGUAUGCUCAAAUUAUUUACUUUUUAAAAUCGUAUUAAUUUUAGGCUCUUGCACUGUGCAAAACCACAAGGUUUACGUUAGCGGAAAGUUUGCGCGAGAAUUAAACGAAGACGAAAAAAAUAAAUUGGAGGAAUUUAAUCAGAAAUUAGCCAAAAAUCAGGCAUUAAUUACGGAAACGGAGACCGAUUCCAACUCGACAAUGACAGAAAGUUCAGCCACAUCACAAGUCCCAACUCUCGAUUUCUGUACUGA